GAGAGGACGGAAGUUUUUGGGAUGGGUAGUACUCUCCGCCUCCGUCUACGAGAGAGGUGGGGAGGGUGCCGUUUGACUCGUGAGAUCCUAGCAUUAUUUUACGAGUUGUCGUUAUGGAGCCUCUUGGACAGUGGAGCACCGCGUUUUCGCCUAUGAUUGUUUCGUCCUAAAUAAUGAGUCAGUCAUCGUCGUUCAGCGUGAGUUUGGCGAUGUUCAUUGGCCUCCU